CAAUCUUUCGCAGCUGCCUAGGAACAGGCGCCGGUCCCUCUCUCACACCCUCCCCCCUCCCCUUUCCCCUCCCCUCCCUUCCCCUCCUUUCCCGUUCCAUAUCUCUCCUUCCCUUUCCCAAACCCACCAGUUUUCCCCUUUCCUCUAGAGCUUACUUCUCCCCGACCUCCGCUUUUUCUCUCAGCUCCUCGCCCCGCCCCUCACCCCGCCUCUACCUCUCAAGGCCCUCCCCAUAUCUCCUCCUCCCGCCCGCUGUCCCUGAGUCUCUCGCGAUAGCCUACCAGUCCCCUAAAUCGGGCUUCUGCUCCUGCGCACUGUCGUCUGAGAUACCGGUAGGGAAAGGAGGUUGCGGAGGUUGAAGUCCGGUUCUCGGGCUCGCCAUGUCCUCUCGCUCAUCCCUUGUAGCGCUAACUCUCAAAGAGUUCAUGAGAAGGCAACAAGUCCUUCUUCUAUACCGAAAGAUUUUACAAGCAAUUCGAGAGGUACCAAAUGAACAUGACCGAAAGUAUCUACAGAACUGGGCAAGGGAAGAAUUCAAAAGAAAUAAAAGUGCCACAGAAGAGGUAAGGACGAACAAGAGCUUGAAUUGGUGGCAGCAGCCACCCCUUUCACUACUUUCCAGCUUUUUUUCACUUAAGAAUGCCUCAGAAGAGGUAAGGACGAACAAGAACUUGAACUGGUGGCAGCAGCCCCCCCUUUCACUACUUUCCAGCGUCUUUUCACUUAAGGGACGUAAUCAGAAUGAUGAUUACCCAGGGAAAUCUACAGUUGAAGGAGUUGGAGAAAACGUUGAACUUAGCAAAAGCAUAAUUUCCCUAAAGGAUUUACAAGAUCUGUGUCAGAGUGCCUCAAGGAUGCAAUCAGAAUGAUGACUACUCAAGGAAACCUACAACUGAAGGAAUUGGAGGAAACGUUGAACUUAGCAAAAGCAUAACUUCAUAACUUCCCUAAGGGGUUUUCAAAAUCUGUGUCGGCGUACUACAAGGUAAAUGGAGUUUUAAACUCAUUGCAAAGAGUAGGAAUUUAAGUUGUUUGUAACAUCCCUUGCCUAGUGAUCAUCCCACUGCAAAGUCAAAAAGCAUGCUACAUUUGUGCAAAAUAGCCACAUAUGGACCCUGACUUGUAUUAAAGAAGAACAAAGUAAAGAACAUCUUUGGGGUUGCCUUAGCAGUGAAAAAUAAAUACCAAGGACUUGUUUUAUUAUUUUGGAUAUGCUGUCAGUUUUUGUGAAAAAUAACACAAACCAAAACAUAACAUGGUAAAAAACCAUUAAAUAUAUGUUUUCUUGCAUGUCACAAA